GGACGGGGAGAAGGGGGGUGGAAAGAGGGAAAAGAAAGCAGUGGGGAGGGGAAGGGUUAGAAAGGAAGGGGAAGGGUGUAGCAGAGCAUCCUGUUUCUCACCCCUGGCAAACUGCGGAUUGGAGACUCUGGCUGCCCUCUUGGUAUUAUGUCUGCACUUCGAAGGAAAUUUGGGGACGAUUAUCAAGUAGUGACCACCUCGUCCAGUGGGUCAGGCUUCCAUCAACAGCAGGCGUCGGCCCACAAGAAAAAGCGCCAGAGGUUUGUGGACAAGAAUGGCAGGUGUAACGUGCAGCAUGGCAACCUGGGCAGUGAGACAAGCCGCUAUCUGUCUGACUUGUUCACCACCUUGGUGGACCUCAAGUGGCGCUGGAACCUUUUCAUCUUUAUCCUCACCUACACUGUGGCCUGGCUUUUCAUGGCCUCCAUGUGGUGGGUCAUUGCUUACAUGCGGGGUGACUUGAACAAAGCCCAUGAUGAGAAAUAUACACCUUGUGUUGCCAAUGUCUACAACUUCCCCUCUGCCUUCCUCUUCUUUAUAGAGACAGAGGCUACUAUUGGGUAUGGCUACAGAUACAUUACAGACAAAUGCCCAGAGGGCAUUAUCCUCUUUCUUUUCCAAUCCAUCUUGGGCUCCAUUGUGGAUGCUUUUCUUAUAGGCUGUAUGUUUAUCAAGAUGUCCCAACCUAAAAAACGGGCGGAGACGCUGAUGUUCAGUGAACAUGCUGCCAUAUCCAUGAGGGAUGGCAAACUCACCCUUAUGUUCAGGGUGGGCAACCUUCGCAACAGCCACAUGGUCUCUGCACAAAUCCGCUGCAAACUUCUCAAAUCUCGGCAAACUCCUGAAGGUGAAUUUCUGCCCCUCGAUCAACUUGAACUGGAUGUAGGAUUUAGCACAGGGGCGGAUCAACUUUUUCUUGUGUCACCACUUACAAUCUGCCAUGUGAUCGAUUCAAAAAGCCCCUUCUAUGACCUUUCUCAGCGAAGCAUGCAAACUGAACAGUUUGAGAUUGUUGUCAUCCUAGAGGGCAUUGUGGAAACAACUGGAAUGACUUGUCAAGCCCGAACAUCAUACACAGAAGAUGAAGUUCUCUGGGGUCAUCGUUUUUUCCCUGUUAUUUCCUUAGAAGAAGGAUUCUUCAAAGUAGACUACUCUCAGUUCCAUGCAACCUUUGAAGUUCCUACUCCACCUUACAGCGUGAAAGAACAAGAAGAAAUGCUUCUUAUGUCCUCCCCUUUAAUAGCACCAGCUGUAGGUAACAGUAAAGAAAGGAAUAAUUCUAUAGAAUGUUUAGAUGGCCUAGAUGACGUUGGUACAAAGCUACCUUCCAAACUGCAGAAAAUGACUGGAAGGGAAGACUUUCCUAAAAAACUGUUGAGAAUGAGUUCUACUACUUCAGAAAAGGCCUAUAGCAUGGGGGAUCUUCCUAUGAAACUUCAGCGAAUAAGUUCUGUCCCUGGAAAUUCAGAGGAGAAACUGGUAUCUAAAACCACAAAAAUGUUAUCAGACCCUAUGAGCCAGUCUAUGGCAGACCUGCCACCGAAACUUCAAAAGUUAUCAGGAGGAGGAGGCAGAAUGGAGGGAAACCUUCCCCCAAAGCUGAGAAAAAUGAAUUCUGAUCGAUUUACAUAACAGGAACAAACUUUUUUAGGCAUUACUUGAAUUGCUAUUAUAUCUAAUUUGGGCAGAAAAGCAAAGAUAUUUAAAUAAUACUUAGUGACUGGGUUUCUUUACAGCUACAUGUACUCUGGGAUAAUAUUCUCCCCUAUUAAGGACUGAUAAAAUCUACAAUAAAAGAUCUGAAGUUCAGCUUAGGGUCAUCUGAAAGCUAAUAAGCUAAUACUAUUUGGCAUGUAGUAUCAUCACAAGCAUGCAAUAAUAGUGUGCAAAUUUUGCAUAUAGUUUUAUGGCAUGGUUCUUACUAUAUUUAUACUGUAUAUUCUGGGAAAAAUAUAAAUGGAGUGUUAUUCUCCUAUAUUUCUUAAGCAUUGAUUAAUAAGUAAAACAAAAGUGGGCUACUAACAGGGCAGAUUAUAGACUAAUUUAUAAGGGGCACAAAAUCCAGCAAAAAGUAAGCAUUUCAGGCAUGACCAUUUGCCCACUGCAUCCUCCAUUUCACAUUCAAAAAGAUGGGAGUUUUCUGCUGAUACGUCUCCCACUCACUCAGUAGCAGCUCUCAUGAGAGUAAGGAAAAGUGCAGGAGAAGGCUAUACAUAAAUAAGAAAUUGAAUCAGACCUUUGGUUAACAUUUAAAUAAGUAUUUAAUUACUUUCCAGUCAAUUCAGUUGAAUGUGUAUGUUGGCUGAAUCAUGCCCAUUUUUUCCUGAUGUAAAUUGUGAUGUUUUCUUCAGACAGUUACAGUGCAUGUUUUCUUUGUUCAAAUAAGGCUAUAGCUAUUAAUAAUACUGAACACCAAAACUUUAAGCCUUAAGCUUGUUUUUUCUUGCUUUAACAUUUCCCCCCCUUUAUUUUGUUACAUGGAUACUAUCUAUUUUCUUUACAUAAAAGACAGUCAUGGUUAGAAGCAGGCAAAAUAUAUGGCAGGCACAGUUCUAUUCCAGGCAAAGGUCAUAAAAUCAAGAAAUAAUUGUGAUACAUGCUUGUUUCAUUUUCAUUAAAAUAAGUAUGAAAUAAAAUUCAAAAUGGAAAUAUUUUCUUGAUUUAUUAUGCUGAUUGCUUACUCUGGUACUUACUUCAUAUACUAAGUAGAAUCCUUUUUUUCAUAUUUAAUUCUUUAUAUCCAUAUCCAUCCUACAGUAAAGUUAGAUUCAGAUAACUGUGGGUCUCAAGCUUACUGUGAAAGAUGUGUACUCCCUUGUGAAAUGCUUUUUGGAAAUCUGUGAACACAGAUAGGUUCAUAGCUAUUCAUAGCUUCUUGGAAAUCAAGGACCUCGGGGUCUUAAUGGCUAUUGCGAGGUUCCUGAUUAUUGGAAACUACCUUGCAGAUUAUUUUAUGAUAAUAGCAUUUAUUAGGGUCUGCAGCUUUAUUAAUGAAAGGUGUUCUUUUUUCACAGUACAAGCAGCCUAAUCAUCGAUGUAGUUUUGCCUAAGUCCACCUUAGCUACACAAAGGUAAAUAAAGGCACAUUAUAACUCUAUCUACUAUGCAUCACCAGAAAUAGACCAAGCAGCUUUAGUGACCUUUAAUAAUGUCUAUGGACUGCUUCCAGCUGAUGUACAAAAAGGAUUUAAAAAGUGCAUUUGCACCCCAAUGUUGCAGUUACCUUGUAUGAUAGGAAAAUAGAUCACUGGGAAAGGACACAAACCCAUUAAAAGGCCCAUACUUGUACACAGAACAGUCACUCUGCUGUUGCUGCAUUAUGCUACUUGUUCUUGCUUCUACAUGCCACUGAAUGAACCAAAAUUAUUUCAAACAAUCUGGAAGGGAGAAUGAUAACAAAUCUGCAUUAUAAAUAGCCAAGUGAAUUAGAGAUUCUUGGCUGGAGGCAGAACUACAUAUUGUACCUGGUUUUCCAAGGUUAUUUCCAUCUAUUAUGUAUAUGUAGAGUCAUCCAGAUGUAACUUAUACUCAAGGGCAUUCAGAAGCCACUACAGUAGAUCAUGGAGGGGAAGGGGAAGCCUUAUAAUCUUUGUAAGAAUCCAACUAUAAGGAUCAGUGGGAGAUGGAAAAAAAGACUUGCAGGUACAAUUUAGCUGCAAAAAUGCAAUUUAUUUUUGGCAAUCAGCCAAGGCAGAUUUAGAAUCCUGUAUGAUUCUUUUGUGAAAUGCUUAUAAUUAUAAUCCAAAAGUGUACCAAAAAAUCUAGAAAUAUAUAAUCCAAGGACAAUCCCACAAGAGACACAGUCCUAAUAAUAGGAUUACUGAUUACAGUAAUCAGAGUAACCCAUAGAAAUACAGCCUAUAAUAAUUCUGUUUACAGUGUGCUACACACACAAGACAUCAGGGAUCAAGGUGUAUCAUUGCCAGAGGUGCCUGUAGGAUAAGAAAAAAUGUUUAAUACACAAUUCAGUUGGCUUAAUUAUGGAAAUUGUGUUACAUGCUACAGGAAAGGAUGAAUAAAUAUCAUGAGACGGUAAGAUUCCUUCUCAGUAAGGAAGUGAGCUAAAACCGAGCAUCCAAAGCAAUGUCCAUCUAUAAACCUCAAAGCAAGGAACUCUCAUUGUAUAACACAAAACCUUCAGCAAGGAACCAAGAUUCUUUAGGCGAUUCCAAGGACUUGCAUGCACCCAGAAGAGUAUUUGACUUUUUUUCCCCUUUUCUGUUAGAAACUAGUUCCCAGGCCCUAUCAGAAACUCUUUCUGAAGUUCCAUGCAACAUGCCAUAAUAAUUUGAAAUGGGGAACUGUUUUUAAAAAAAGAAAAGUCAAAAAUUCUCUUGAGGUUUUAGUGCUAGUUGUGAUAGUCUUUGGAACUUAAUCAGACUUUUUAACUUGGGGCUCUGCAGGUGUGUUUAAUUACAGUUCUGCAACCAGCUUAAUCAAUUACACCAGGAAGGCAGAAGUCUAGCCCUAGAUCUUAUUCUUUUGCCACGAAGCAAUGCCAGAAGGGAAAAAAAAAAUGCACAAAUGUAGAAAUCAAUUAAGCUGUACCAUGCCAGUGUUUGAAUCAUACAUAUUUACAAUAUAGGUUUCAUGGCCAACAUCAAUCCAGUGGUGCUGAGCUUCUGGGCUAAUAGGCCAUAUCUAAUUAUCUGGUAUCCUGACAUUUCACCAGCAGCUAUGGCUGGCAUCUUCAGAGAUAAAGUGAUCUGCUCUGUAGCACAUUUCUCAGUGGCUCACAAGCAACUGAGCAGAAACUGACUGAGCUCUUGUAUUUGUAACAGAAUUAAUUUCUAAUUGGACCAUGUCACUGGAAAGCCAGUUUCUGACUGGUUCUUUAUCCAGGUGAAUUUCUAAUUGGUCUGAUUUGAACAAGUUCCAAAGGAGCUAAUUUUUUUAUUGUUCUGUCUUUGAAACACGCUAUUACUUAUUAUUUCAGGUGAGACAGCUGAAGAUUCUAUAUGGUGUUGGCUAAUUAAGGGCUGUUUUAUUUUAGUGUGACAUAAAACUGGAAACCAGGCUUUGUUAACCUUCAGACUCUCUUCCUUCUUGUUAAAGUUAUUGGGGUAUUUAUAAAUCUCAAUAGUUUCUCUGUGUAGUUGUGCAUGAUUAUUUGACAGGAUUGCUAAUACUUGCGUGUCUUUAAAUUGAAUCUAUGCCCAUUAUGUAGCAGUGUGUGUUCAGCUACCACUGAUUUUCAAGUUCUAGCAAGCAAUAUUUUUUGUGUUCUUUUAGUUGAAUGUUCUUUAGUUCCAAUAUAUACCUGUCCACAACUGCAAGGUAUGCAAUAAAUUCCUGAUAAUGAAAGUGGUCCUGCCAUCCUUAGGUGAAUGAAUAAUUUCUUGGAUUUUUCUUAUUGGUUUGUAGAUAAGCUAUAUUUUUCCAGUAAUUUUAAGUUCAGUUUAUAAUUUUCUCAAUAAAAAGGAGAAACACCUUUCCUACUCUGGGUGGUUUGUCCUUUGAUAUAUAUCUGAAGCUGUUUUUAUUGCUGGAUUGCAUCACUCGUCUGAUCUCACCAACAGAAUUGCCGUUAGCCUGUAAAGUGCUGUCAGGGUAUUUCAACUCAUCGGAUAAUCUUUCAGGUUCACAAAUAAGUCUAGCAUGGUCAGCAAGAGUUUUAAUAAUACUUCUUUUCUAGCAGGAAUGAUGGCUAGACUUAAUAGCAAUUAAAUGUGUGUUGGUUUUUGGUAUAUUGUAUGUCCAAGUUGUUGGUUUUUUCUUUUAAUGAUUAAAACAUCCAAAAAUGCAAGUUGGCCAUUCUUCUCUUCCAGUGUAAACUGAAUAUUUUGGUGGACACUAUUCAGAUGCUCUAGAAAUUUCUUGAGCUUUUCCUCACCAUAACUCCAGAUCACAAUGAUGUCAUCCGUGUACCGAAACCAAACUGAUGGCUUUAAAGGCACAGUGACUAGUGCCUGUCAUUCACAUUUCUAUGUGUAGAAAUUGGCUAUAAAUAGACUCAGUGGGCUUCCCAUGACAACCCAUUUAAUUUGCUCAGAGAAUUUGUUGUUCCCCUGGAAAUAACUGCUAGUGAGGUAAUGGUGGAGUAAAUUGGUAAAGUCUUCGGAAAAGAUUUCCUUAAUAUAUAAUGAUGUUUCCUUAAUCAGCAGUUAGGUAGAAAGGAAAACCACAUCAAAACUGAUCAGUCUAUCACCUUGUCUAAGACUGAGCUUGUUAAGUUUCUCAAUGAAGUGGGUUGAAUCCUUAAUAUAUGUUGACAUAAGUCCAUUGUAAGGUUGUAAAAAUGCAGCUAGGUGUUUGGCAAUAUGAUAGUAGGAGAACCAAUGGCACUCAUGAUCAGACAUAAUGGCAUAGUCUCUUUAUGCCUCCUUGGUAAACGAUACGUACAAGGCUCCCAUCUCUCAAAGACCUUUGUGCAUCUCAUAGUCUCGAUGAGACAAUCAGUUUUUCAUAAGACAUUAGCUGUUGGAUCACAUUUAAGUUUCUUAGAAGGUGCCCGGUCUAAGAGGUCUAAGAUCUUGUUCUGAUAGUCUUUCAUAUUCAUAACUACUGUAGCAUUUCCUUUAUCCGUUGGGAGAAUAAUGAUACUCUCUUCUGCAUUAAGAUUCUUUAAGGAACGUGUUUCUCCCAUUGUCAAAGUACUGGCAGGGGGAUGAGAUCUCUUUAAAACUCUAGCUGUCUUGUGUCUUAUUUCUUCUACAGCAGUGUUUUUCAAUUUCAGCAAUGUUAAGGUGUGUAGACUUCAACUCCCAAAAUUCC